AACUUUUCAAGAUGGUUUGUGAAGACGACGAGCCUGAUGUCGAGAUAGGCAUACCUGCUGUUAUGCUUCCCAACAAAAUUGGUGAAAUCUUGGAAAAUGGAUUAACGAACAAUUCCAUAGUUUCUGUGCAGCUAUACUCUCCAUUGCGUCCACUGGUUGACAUUGCAGAAGUAUUUUUAUGGCUUAUGGCUGUUGGUACCAUCUUAUUUGCUUCUUAUUGGUCUGCAUGGACUGCAAGAGAAGCAGCUAUUGAGCAUGACAAGCUAUUGAAGGAUGCUUCUGACGAGUCUUCACGUGUGGAAGGUGAAGGUGCCAGUCCUCUAGUGGAGAUUAGCACCAUGGAAGCAAUUCUCUUUGUUGUGAUUGCUUCAUGCUUCUUGGUUAUGUUUUACAAACUUAUGUCCUUCUGGUUCAUCGAGAUUCUGGUGGUUUUGUUUUGCAUUGGUGGGAUAGAGGGCCUACAGACUUGCUUGGUGGCCUUGCUAUCAUGUUUCAGAUGGUUUAAACGUGCUGGAGAAUCAUAUGUUAAGGUGCCCUUCUUUGGAGCUGUUUCAUAUUUGACACUAGCUGUCGCUCCCUUCUGCAUAGCAUUUGCUGUUGUUUGGGCAGUGUAUCGCCGUGUGUCAUUUGCUUGGAUUGGCCAAGAUAUCCUUGGUAUUGCACUGAUAAUCACCGUUCUUCAGAUUGUUCGCGUACCAAAUCUCAAGGUUGGAACAGUUCUUCUCGGUUGUGCCUUUUUUUAUGACAUCUUCUGGGUAUUUGUUUCUAAAUGGUGGUUCCAUGAGAGUGUCAUGAUAGUGGUGGCUCGUGGUGAUAAAAGUGGAGAGGAUGGUAUCCCAAUGCUACUAAAAAUCCCACGGAUGUUUGAUCCUUGGGGUGGCUACAGCAUCAUCAGGUUUGGUGAUAUUAUCUUACCUGGAUUGGUUGUAGCCUUUUCACUAAGGUAUGAUUGGUUGACAAAUAAGACUUUUCGAACGGGUUACUUUGUGUGGGCAAUGACAGCUUAUGGUGCAGGUCUCCUGGUCACCUAUGUGGCUUUGAACUUGAUGGAUGGACAUGGCCAACCUGCUUUGUUAUACAUAGUUCCAUUCACACUUGGUACCUUCUUAACCUUGGGACAGAUGAGAGGUGACCUCAAAGUUCUGUGGACAAGAGGAGAACCAGAGAGGCCUUGCCCGCACGUACGACUCCAAUCCUCUCACUCUCAAUAGAAGAAUCUGGAUAAAGUAAUUGUGUGAUAGUUGGUUAGUAUACUAGUUAGUAACUCAGAUACUCUUUACAUGUCAAAGCUGUAGGAGACCAUAAUACGAUUAGAAAGUUGUUACUAAGAUGAUUUUAAAUCACUUGAUAUAAAAACGGGACGUUUACAACAUCCAACAUGCAUAUGCCCAAG